CACUGAGCAUAUGAACGGUCUCGCGACUCGAUUGCCCGAUGCAUUAUUCGUGGUAGCAUCUCGCGAAAGAGCGAGCGAGAGAGAGAGGGAGAGAAGGAAAGACAGAGGGAGAGGGGGAGAGAAAGAGCGAAUUCGCUAGUUAUCGCAGCGAGAGUGUACGGCGACGAAUAUAUAUCCCAUAUAUCGUGCGAGACAAAAGACGUGUUUAUUCGCUCUCAGAGUCGAGGAUACGGUAGCCGCAGGGAAGCUACCAACGGGUGAGAGCCAACGGGGGAGGAACGCCGGAGCGCGCGCGGCCGUUGACGCGUUUCCUCGUCGCGAGAACGCGAGAACGUGUCCGUUGGUCCGUCCGUCCCGCACGGACAGCGAUCGCGACCAGCGCUCGCUCGUCGACCUUCUCUCCUUCGAUCGGCCCCUUCUCGGACCGGUGUCCCGUCGUCGAGUCGCCGCGCAAAGUCCACCGUAUCCGACUCUGACGUACGACGUGCCUGCUCCCGCGAAUGUGGACACUUGACGGCGCGACGUGCCAUCGCUACCACUGUGCGCCCUCGGGGAGACCAGCCGUGGAUCACCGUCGUACCCCGAGUGUCAUCGCACGCUCGUGAGACGGUUCUCGUUCGCAAACGACUCGAUUGUCAGCAAGAACGAGAGCGAAGAGAUAGAGAGAAAGAAAAAGAGAGAGAGAGAGAGAGAGAAUAGGAGAAAGAGAGAGAGGAGAGGCCGCCCGCUGACUGUCCGCUCCAUCACUCCACACUUUCCUCCCACCCAAGUGGUAUCAAUGUUGUCUGGCAAUGGUGUGUAAGGAGAACGUGGUAUCAUGGUUUGGGAAUCUGUCCAGUUAUAAACGUAUCGAUGUGAUGUGCACAUUGCUGAACAUGUGCUUGCCGUUCGAAGUACGAUACCUUGGCACGUGCGUCGAGGAGAUCGGCAAGCGGGACUAUAAUGACCUGCGCGACACGGAGCACCAUGCGAACAACACCUCGGAUGUGGCCGAACUGACAACCUCCAGCGUGACAGAUAAACGCACCCGAAGAAAACUGGCUCUUUACAUGGCGCUAUUGCAUUCCUGCAAUUACGCUUGCGCGGUGAUUCUGUAUAAAAAUCUAUCGAAUCUCGAUCAUCAAGAGAUCACCAACCUAAUAAAUGGAACCACCUUUAACGUGGAUGAUCAACCUCUGGAAGAGUUGCUGCUGCUGUAUACGAUGGCACUGAAUCAUCCGGCCUUCACGUAUGAGCAGAAGAGCGUCUUUGGCAAUAUAUUCAUCAAACUCCAAGAGGAAGAAGCUCGUCUGAAUUUUUCAAAGAUAAACUCUUCUUUUAAACCGACACAAGGCUGUACACCGUGUAUGAGCACGAAUGAGAGGCUAAUGGAGCCUGAAAUCCCGAGUAGCUGUUUAAUGCCACCACCGCCGAUGCAGUCUUAUCAUGGAGAAAUCGCAAUGAGAAAUGCUAUGGUCACUGGAAUGCCACCUGGCCUUACGAUACCUCCUCCAGGAUUAUGCCUGCCCGGCCCGGAACAAAUGCCUAUGGGAUCCGGUGGUACCCAAUACGUUCAUCUCGGUUUCCCAUCUAUGAACCAUAUGCCGCCAGCGUGGACAGGUCAGGUUAUGAUGGGAAACCAGUUGAUGUAUCACACUGGCGACAUGUUGGCUUAUCCACCUUCUCCCUUAGUCAGCCGCCAGUCCUCGCCGUCCCAAUCACGAUCUCCUAGUCGCAGCAACUCGCCGAUGGGUCGCAACAGGAAUAACAUCAAUCCGCGCACUUCGUCUUCGCAAGUGACUCAGUCCACCUCGAAUACUCUCACGACAUCGUCGAGCGGCUCCAAUAGUCAAACGAGUAUCUCCGGCUCGAACACUAUCAAUAGCAACAACAGUAACAACAGUAGUAAUAGCAGUAACAACAACAAUAACAACAACAACAAUUCUCUACCACUUCUACCAGCGCUCGGAGCAAGCAGAAGUCUUCCUAGUCAACAGCCGUUACUCCCGUCGUCGCGGCCCGUCCCUCUGCCUAUUACGAGUACGUCGACUUUCUCUCGGCAUAACUCUGUCGACAACGCUCCAUCGUCCACCCUGAUUCCGGCAACCCAAUCGAAACAACCGCCACCGCCACGACUCAGGUCAUCUAAUUCCGGCGAUUCUCUCCGGGAGACUUUGGGCAAGGAGAUGCCGAACUUUAAGAGCAACCUGCAAAACUUUUCUCUCGACGAAAUCAGUAGGUUGAGUGACGAAGAUUUGAGGGAUAUCGGCUUGACAUCGAACGCGGUAGGACAAUUGAGAAGUAUAGUCAAGAGUCAAACCAACGGCUUAAAUCAGAUUUCAGUGGAUAAGAAGCUGGACAAUACUAGCAAUACCGCGCACCCAGUUACUGAGACAAUCGAGAACGAAGUUAUGCCAAGUAUGGAGAUCUUAGGUGAUAGCAAUAAUUCAAGCGGGAAAUCGAUACCGUUACAACAAGAACAACAUCCAGCGAUGCAUAAUUAUCAAAAUCACGUAACUACUCCAAAUUUACGGCGUUAUCCCAUGCCGUCGAUAGAUCCCGCGCAAAUACAAAUGUAUCCUGCUCCGCCACAGAUGUAUACAGCUCAGAAUUCAUCGUGUUACGCUUGUCUCACUGUACCAGUAGCUGGAAUGCAAAAUCGAUUUUCAAGAUGCAAUGCUCAGCACAUGUACUGCCUUGCGCGAAUGCAAGCGCUGCGGCUCGACUCCGAGAGCAGUCUACAUUGUUCUCAGAGCAGUAGUUCCGAUAGCACCGGUAGCAGAUCACCUCCGGAAACACCACCAGCCGCGCCAUGGGUCGGCAGCGACAAUAAUAACGUUGCGCCGCCUGUCACCGAUCACAUGAAUUCGGUGCAUUCGACAGCGACGGCGCCGCUCUCGCAUAUCGCGUCGGCAUCGACAUCCCAACAGCCGAUGCAGUCGUCGGUGCCACCGGAGAGCAGACAACUCACCAGGAAGAAUACGACGCGCACGAUGCGACAUAAGAGCCAAGGGAUACUGAAUGGCAUCGGGAACAACGGGAACAACGGCGGACCUCCGAGUCUACCGCACUGCGUCUCCUUCCCGGCGCCGCCGACGCAUUCGCAGCUGGCGUAUUUACCACACGGUCACGCUUUCCCAGCUGCGUUGCGGCCCGGUAACAGCGGUAUCUACUCCAACUUCCUGCAUGGUCCAUCCGCGCGACCAGCUUACCCGGCGGCGUACCAACCGAAUGGCGAGAUCAUGUACUCGUACACGGGGCAUCCCGCUGCCGCGUCCGGUAGUACUCCGCCGCCGCCGCCGCCACCAAACGCGGCGGCUGCCGCGACGCCCGUGCAAGCGUCGUAUAUGCCGCCCACGUCGGUGGUGACGUACGCGGCGGCGGCGGUGAUCCCGCCAACAAAGAUCUCUUGUUACAACUGCGGUAGUAGUAGUCAUCUCGCGGUAGACUGCAAGGAUCAAACAAUGGAGGACCUCACGAAGAAAGCCCAAUACCGACUGGAUUAUACAAUAAUGAAGCAGCCCGGGGAAUGCCCGAGUUCCGACAAGUGAUCCCCUGCCACGGACCACUCCGCUACCACUCGUCACAAUGAUCACCGCCACUAUGACCGCAACUAUUGCCAUCAUCGUCAUCACCAACACCAUCAUCACCAUAAAAAACAACACCGCCACCACUACCAGCAGCAGCACCAUCACUGUCAUUCUAAUCAUUACCACCAGUAUGUCACCAAUGUGCACCGAUUUAAGACGUUGCGAGAUGAUAACCGUUACCGUUCCUCAUUUCAGUUCUCGGUAAUUUAUCUCAACGUCCUAUCAUGCAAUCAGGAUGAUAACGAUGACGAUAACGAUAAUGCUAAUGCUGACAUUGACGCUGACACUGACGAUGACGGUGACAAUGACUCCGAUGCCAAGCACGACAGCGACGAAGUUUUUCUAACCGAGAAUGUUUCGCGAUUCACGGUACCGGGUAUAUCUUUUGCAAGUUCUUAUGUAUGAUAGUGUGAUCGCAAAGUAAUUUAAUAUUAUGUAAAAAUAGGAUAUAGUAAUGUAUUGUGUACAAAGGAAGAGCAGAGGCGAAAAAAAACACGAGAAAUAAUCGAAAGAUCGCGCCAUACAUACUGGAACACAAUGUCUUGUCUGUGUUUCUUUUACCGUAGGACAUUUUGAAAGGUUUUUGGGUUUAAAUAAUGACUCGCGUCCUUCUGGCGACAUACAUACCUGUGAGCUACUUAUCGCUAUGACUCCCAAUCUCUGCAGUGGUCUCUUAUUCUCCUAGCCUUAAAUUGUUCUCUUAACGAUUAACUGUAAGAGAACAUGCGAAGAAUGGAUAAAGGAUACAUUGUGCUCCAAACAGGGGUAAGGAAGCGAGAACUAUAUCAGAUUCGACUAUAUUUAGCAAUCGAUACUUUUACUUCUACUAUGUCUAUGCUGUUAUUAUCACUACUAUUAAACUAUAUUACUUCUACUAUCGCCACUGCGCCACGACAUUUUUAUGUACAUAUAUUUUUCUCAAUUCUUACACGCGCGAUGAAUUGAUUAUGACGUGUGAAAAGAAAAAGCGUAUAAUAUAUAUGUGAGAUAGACAUAUUGUGUGUGUGUGUGUGUGCGUAUGUCGCGUGCGAAUGUCGCGUGUGAACGUCGCGUGCGAAUAUGUCUAUGUGUAUAUGUGAGAAAAAGAUAGAAUGCAAAAGGCAGAGAAAAAAUAUAAACUAAACGGAAGAGAAACUGAGAAGAGGCAGAAAAAAUACAGGAAAAGAGUGAACAAGAAACCAAAAGUGUUCGAUCACCUAGAGCCGCUGUUGCGCUCUUAUGUAUGUUUGUUCCGCGUACACGUGUGCGUGAAUGUGUAAAGAUAUGCGCGAAAUAUAUAUUAUAUAUUUUAUAUAUAUACUACGAAUAUAUAUAAAAAAAAUAUGUAUAUGUAAUAUAUAAUAUAUAGUUCGUAAUUAUACAUAUGUCUCUGCUGCUCACAAUUCGUUUCUUAUCUUACUGAUAGUUGUAGCUAGACGGC